GAGCACGCGCUUUAUCUGGAUCUCAUCAUAAUACCAUACCGGUCGAUGUUUGGCUGUUUUGAAGAAGAAAAGAAAAAACUGUUUCUUGAACCUGUAGGACGGAAUUGUUCCAUAUUGGAGUUUUCAGAUGCCUUCAAGGGACAAUGCCAUUCCUCUGCCCAUACGCGAUCCUCACUCCUGAAUGCUGGUCCUUGCUUGGCAUGAGCGACAUAUAAACAGCUGGUGUGAGUGUGUUUAGAAAGUCUUUAAUCAACCUGCAGUCGGUGUGUGGAGGACAAAUGGCCAUAAGGCGUCCAGCUCACAGCGCGCGCACAUUCCUGUGAUGUGGUUCUGUUUCACUUUGCGGAGCUUUUGUGCGGCUGAAGCCGGACAUUCAUCCCGACCGGACACAGUUUGAGGAGUUACACGGUUUCCUUUCAUUGUUGUGUGUGUGUUUCACGACUCUGACCACCGCGGUGUCAAUGAUGACUGAGAACAAUGAGAUGGAGCGCGAGCUGCAGCGCUCUCCAAGCACCAUGUCCAUCCAACCGAUGUCAUCCAAGCUCCAGAGACUAAAACGCUCACUGUCCUUCAAGACCAUCAUGCGAAGCAAAAGCGUGGAGAACUUCUUCCAGAGGUCCUACAGCGACGCUCGCCUGCCCCCGGAUUUCAUCACCGACCCGCCGCCCCCUUCUCCCCCGCUGCCGCCCGGCUCGCCUCUACUCGGCGACCGCUCACCGUCCAUUUCGCCGUCUCUCAGCCCCAACCCCUCCAUCGCCUCCCACUCCCCCUCUCUCAGCCUUUCCCCGUCGCUGCCCACCAAGCCUCCGCGGCCUCAGAUCACCCACUGUUUCCAGGACCAUGUCUUUCGCAGGCCCACCAACUGCCAGCACUGCAAGCACAUGAUCGUGGGAAACUCCAAACAGGCUCUGCGGUGUAAAACAUGCAAGAUGGCUGCUCACCUCUGGUGCACCUCAGAACUAUCGCAGCAGCAGUGCCACGGGAAGUCCGGAGCGUUCAAGCGAAACUUCAGCUCGCCGAUGCUCGUCAACGACCAACUGUCUGUCGUCAAGGAAGUUCAACCGAGCCAAGAGGCCGUGCGGCUGCGUGUAGAUCCUGUGUAUGCCGCCUUGCGCUUUGGGACAUCUUUGGCACAGAUGAGCCGUUCCAGUUUGUCAGAGUCGCCGACACGCAGCCUGGGCGAGGGAGGUGAGGAGAUGCAGCAGAGACAGUACAGCAUGGAGGAAGAGAUAACUCAGGAGACGGGGGAUAUCCCUGUCCCCGAAGUCGAGAUCGAGGAGGAGGAGGAAGAGAGCUGCAGCGAAGCUCCGACUCCUGCAGAAGCCCAGACCCCUGCGGAGGAGAGCAGUGUGAUGGUGCCCAAGCGCAUUGACGUUCACUCCAUCCACACCUAUGUAGCGCUCUACAAGUUUCUGCCUCAGGAACAGAAUGACCUGGAACUUCAGCCCGGGGAUCGCGUGCAGGUCACCGACGACUCGAACGAAGAGUGGUGGAAGGGCAAGUGUGGCGACAAAGUCGGCUUCUUCCCGGCUAACUUUGUGCAGAGGGUCCGGCCAGGAGAGAGAGUGUGGCGGGUGGUCCAAGGCCUCCCCGGCAGCCGAGAGAGAGGCCACAUGGCCGUGAGGGAAUCCCAGAUCUGCGUUGGAAAGCAGGACGACGGCGAGGUGUUUCUGAAGCUGAGCAGCGGAAAGAAGAGAGGCUUGGUCCCAGCUGACUCCAUAGAGGAGAUCUGAGCCUCAGCUCCUUCCCCUUCUCCUUUCCCCUGUGAGGCACUCGCAUCCAGACGACCACCAUCACCCUCCCUCUACCCUGCCGCAGCCUCUCCAACCGCUCCUGCUGACUAAACGAACAAAGAUAAACUGGACCACAAACACACACACUUCUUUAAAGAGCUGGGACCUGAUGAACACAUGGUUUCCAAUUGAUUUACUGUCUCUAAAAGAGUGUGGAGUUACGCAGAAGUCCUGCUCUUAGAAAGGAACCUGUUUCUCAGCAGUCUAGUGUUUAUCUUUCCAAUACACAACAAAAAUCAAUGUAAAAAAACACGCUUUAAAUAUGCUCGCCAGACGACUUUUCACAUUUACGUUUAUUCUCAUCAAAAAGAUGUGGGAGGAAACCGAGUCCUCUCAUGGGAACAUGAUGUCGGCGUCCUCUCCUCGUUCCGGCCCACUCCGGCCGUGUGUUUCAUCCCUUUCUGCUCGUGUCAGGGUCUCCGGCCUGAGGACUGGUAUCACCUUCAUGAUACCAACGCUGCCAGUCAGAGAAAGCUGCCCUCAUCCAGGGAAGAGAGGAGAGGAAGAUGAAAGGAAGAGACCUGGUAUGCUCGGCAGUGUCAGGCUGAGUUAGAACUGCACUUGCCAACUUGAGAGUUAAGAAAGGAGAAGACUUUCAAAAGAAAAGUGAAGGCUCCGGGGAUCUUUUCACGGAAAACUCAAAGACGUUCCCCCGUUGACUUUUCCAGUUUAGCAUAACUAUAAGAAAAUAUGUGACGGCAUACUUCUUCCUGCUAAGUGAGCAGGAAUCAGCCGACAGAAGGUUUUUUCUUGAAAGUGUUUUUCCUGGCCUUUUUUUUGGGACUGAUGGCAUAUCCAUGCUGGAAUAUAUAUUUUAGUGGGACGUAUCUUGUUUUAAUUUAAGAUGAGGAGGAAUCCAAAAGGGAGAUGAAACUCGAGAGUAUCCAGCGCGUUUGGCUGGUUGUUGAGACAUUAAGCGAGACCCUCUCCGUGAAGCUGUCCUCACAUAAAGGAGCUCGAGGGGCAUGAAAACCAAGAGCUGCAGCGGGUGUUGCAAAUGUCGCUCCGCGUUAUUACACAACUUCACUGGAGCAGGAACGGUGGGAAAUAAACUGCGGCCAGUCUUCCAGAAAGAACAACACACUGGGGAUCUCCGGACCGUGACAAGGAGUCUGACUUUCACUGACAGCUUGGAGGAAGACGCAGGAGAACAGUGGGAGGAGGAGGUGCAGGGAGAGCAAUGACAUCAGUGUCGAACCAUUAUGCGUCAGUGUGUGCAUGCAGGUAGUGUUGUACCCACGAGGGCACAAGUCAUCAUCGAUAAAAUGUCAGCCUGUCAUCCUCAUCGUCUGCUCCUCGUUUGACCUCCCUCUUACUGUCUUUUAUUGAGACCGCUGUUCAGCUAUGACAUAGAAAAGCAAAGGUAUUCUUUUUUUUGUUGCAUUUUUGAUGGUUCAGUCCAUCGAUUCGUUCACCCAUUCUUUAAAAGGAGAGUCCCGGAGAGAGAAUACGCUCACUGUGUCGUGGACGUGUGUCACGGAGAUGUUGGUUUAACCCUCCUGUUACCUUAGGGUCAAUUUGACCCCAUUCAAUGUUUAACCCUCCUGUUACCUUUAUAUUUACUGACAUAUUUGACCCCAGCAAUUAAAACCUCCAGAAAAUUAUUAGAAUUAAUAUUGUUUCCCAAGUUUAAGUGUGAGGUACUUUAUGUUUGUUUGUACCUAAAUAUAUAAAAAAGUUGAUAUUUCUUAUAUGUUUGACACAGUGAAAAACAGCCUGGGGUCAAAUUGACCCGAAAGAACACCGACGUUAAACAUUGAAUGGGGUCAAAUUGACCCGAAGGUAACAGGAGGGUUAAAGCAGCCGUAGACAGAGGAAAUCAUUUAACUCGUACGUCUCCUUUCGGAGCGCAGAGAUCCAGCUCAUAUGAUCCGUCUCCACCCUUCAAUAUAUGUGAAAAGUAUAAGCAGAAAAGCAUUUAUUUAGUUUCAUGAGUUGUUUUUGUUGAGGUAUCUGCUUCAUAGUGAUAGCUGUCGUGUUCAGUGAUACCUGCAACUUCACGUCCCCCUGAAGCUCUCCGGUCAGAGGGCUGACGGCUCGUCGUUCGUCAUAAAAUAUCUGAGGUAUGGAAAAAACUGAGAAACUGGAGAAAAACGGCAUCAGAACAGAACUGGAUUGAUGACUUUUGAUAGCUAAAAUAGUUAUUUAGCAUUGUUGCUAGUUGUAUGUAGCAUCACACGUUCACACCUUUUUGAGAGUUCAUAAUGUUUUGUAUGUGUUUGGAUGUAAACCCCGAGCCAGUCGUUGGUUGGCCGCACACCUCAUUAAAAGAUCUUUACAAAACCA